GGCUUCGGUGCGAGACGCGCCCCAUGGCAGGAGGCUCUUGUAGCUCAGUUCAUGCAGGGCGCUCUGGCACGAGGCGAGGAGGGCGUCGGAGUCUCGUCGCUUCAGGAUCUUUCUGGCCUUCUCGAGCGAGGAGUUCGCUUGAAGGAGCCGCCGCACGGGACGAAGGGAGCGCUCGACGGCGCUCCGUAUCUGCACGAUGUCCGCCUUGUCUAAGUAGGCAACUCGAACUGCGUCGCCGCUGCGUACGUAAAGACUGGCCACGCUCUCCGUAUCGAGAAGCGCGUCGUCGGCGCCGGCCGGAAGGAAGAGACUCUGGCACGAUUUGGGGAUGGAGAGCUCUUGUUCAAUUCGCUGCUUGAUGUCGGCUACGGUUUCUGGAAUUGGGCUGAACAGGAGGGUCUGUUGCGUAACAGUGUCAUCGGAAGAACACCUUAGCUCGAGCUCUAUCUUCAGUUCUCGUAGCGCCAUAACUACAACGAAGCGCGGGGGUGUGUCACGUCACACCUAUGUGCUGACUCGGCAAAAUACUGUUUAUGAGGACGAGGGGAAGAUGGAAAGCGGUCGUUCGUCGGGAGGAGACGGUAAAAACAACGGUAUAAUCACUCUUAACCUGCUUCUCAAGUGCACAGACACCCUAACGGACAGCGUGAAAGAAGUCAACCUCCCCGCCCUGCCACCCACCACAGAAGAGCUCAAGUCGGCCAUAGAGGGCUCGUGCAACGUCCCGUCAUGCGUCCAGGACUUGAGCUUCGAGUCGUAUCCGCUCAGCGACAGGGAAGACGUCAGACGGGCGCGCAUUCGUUCGGGGGACACUAUCACGGUCCGUUACCUCGCCGAGGGAGACUGCAAAGAAGUCGUGGGGAUAAUAAGCUGGAUGGGGGUCGUCCUCGCCGUCCUGAAGACGGAAAACCCGUCCGUAACACGCGGUAUGAGCGAGCACCUCAACGACUUGGUAACCAGUGCCAUUGAGCUGGAGUACAUAGAGAACCUGGCCUUCAACUACUUUUUCCCCUGGCUGGACGCCAAGAAAUACGCCAACAAGCUCCACUUUGUCAGCAAAGGGGGCCUGGAAAUCAUGAUGGAGCUCUACUCACUGCUGCACAGGGAGACAUGGGGCAGGUGCUUGCUCAAGAUGAAGUAUCUAGAGUACGGGAUACUGCGAGUGCUGUGGAACCUCUCUGAAACUUUUCCACUGCGUCGGGCUAUAAUUCGUCUCGGUGGUCUAGAGAUGUGCAUGCAGUCACUCAUGAGGGAGACGAUAAUAAAGGGAGAAGCGAUUGUGGAUAGACAGUCCCCAAAAGGAGCCAAUCAGGACUGGAUACUGGUAGAAAACCUUGGAGCUGCUCUAGGAACACUGUGCAAGUAUGUAUGUGUGUCAUUACUCAGAUGUAAAAACACGCUGUCUAGAACUGAAAAUGCUCUCCCUAUGGUUAACAGUCCAUUCCUUCCUCAGUUUUAGUGAGCUGCCUGAAGUGCACAUGAAAAUCGCCACCCGAUCGGAAGUGCUCCAUCAACUGAUUUGCGUCGCACUCUCGCCGUCAGUCCGCACAAUGACCUCCAUCCUUGUUGCCACGCUGUACCUCUGUCUUGCCGCCACGCAAGAGACUCAUAGCCACAUAGCAGCAGUGGGAAUCAUCGGACUAAUGGAAGUCUGCGUGUGUCAGCAUGACAAACAAGGCGCCGCCCAGAAAGAGAGAGACAUCCUCCUUCUGAAGUAUUUCACUGGAGUUUUUAUGGCACAGGUGGCGCUCGCCUCCCCACACUGCAUCCCCAGCUCCCUCUGCAAGUCGGUCAACCACUUCCUGCGAGGGUUUCUUGACACGGCCACCUAUCAACAGAUCCGAGACACCGAGAUAGAGCACUGGUACGUGUGGCAGACCUUCAUGCCCUACGUGAAGCUGGCCUACCUCCCAGAACCCACAGCCCUCAGCCUCGAUCUUCGAAACAUGCGGGCACUUAGCCUCGAACUGAUACUAUUUGGUCUCCAAAACAUGCUCGGUCGCUCUAAGCAUCGCGAAGUUCUCAUCCAAGAAAACCUACUCGACUACAUCACGUGCAUGCCCUGGUUUGUACCGGAACCUCUCAAGCCACAGGCAAAGGAGCUUGUGCUGAUGCUGGCAAAUUUCCCAGACGUGAACAUGCAGCCUCCACAGUUGCUCAGUGUUGCCAAGGCCUCUCUCGCCAAGACUUGCCGAGGUCUAGGUCUGGAGAAAGUUACAAGACUGUCUGCGGGGGAAAUAGCAACUGAACUACUGCCAGACAACCCGGAAUAAAAUAACCCAUGGAUGUGUGUGUGUGUUAGUCUCCUGUAUGUACCGUAUGUGUGUGUCAGUUCUUUUACACCAUUCACGAGUGUGCAAUGCCCACUUAAUAUAGCAUCCGUGGCAUCUCAUCCCAGGGCAGAGUAUAUUGUGAAUUGCAGUCGAUCGCUGCAUAAGCAUGGAUCUAAAUCUGGGAUAGAGCCUCGCUAGAGCCUGCAAACCUGAAACUACAGUGUACGUACAGUACGUAAAUGUAC